GCACGAACGAAAAAUACUGAGGACAAGUGUUUUUCUUUUUUAUUGAAUAAGUAUGUCGUCUUACUACGACGAGCAAAAGCUCAAAGAUGCUCAAAGCUUUUUCAAUGUCACUGGUUGUGAUUUCAACAGAAGCCGUAUCUUCAGUGAGGUCCCUGCCAAAUCACACACAAUGACGGAGACCAGGGAUGAUGACAUGCCGCGAAUUGACCUCAUGAACUUUGAAGAUCCUCACUUUGAAGAGGGGAAAUAUGUUCUCACCAGUCCAAGGUCCCUUGAGGCAUGUUCAAGGCUAGGAGCCAAGCCUGUGGAUCUGCUGUACAAGCCGCUUGCUGAGUUCCAAGAAGAGUUGCUGCCGCAGGACAUCCCGCUGCGAACCAUCUACAACAUAUAUGAUGAACAUGAACAUAACAGGGAAAGAAAACUUGCCCUGUGCAGAGAAGAGCGUGUCCGAAUCAUGGAUGACGAGAGAGGUGCCCCAACUAGCGGUCGGAAGCCGAUGAUCACAAAGGCCAAGAAAACCCCUUCCGCUGUGCUGAGGAAUCAGACUCGCCGGUCAAAAUUGGGGACUAAGAGAUCUAAAUCAGAGGAAGCUUUAGACUCCGGAAGUCUUCAGAGACAGAGGACGGCUUGGGCCUCGUCAGUUGGACAUGAACGUAUCACAAAUGAUGAAAUAAAUCAGAGAAUGAAGGAUCUAAAUAACGAAAGUACGAAGCUUAGACAUGAGUUGUUGUCAAGGAAAGAGGCAAGGGCAACAAGCAAACCAAAGAAGAGCCUAAAGAGACCUGCAAGCGCUCGGGCAUCGACCAGUAAAUCCAGCAUUUCCCGCAGUUACAGCGCAUCAGAUCUGAGUCUUGCUGGGACUUCAAUGUUGAACAGGAGUGGGACAGCAGAUGCUCGCCCUCUCACUAGCAGUCGGCUUAGAAAGGUGCUGAAAAAUGAGGCGAAGACUGCGGCUGUUACGCCUAGGGAUGAGCGUAUCCUCGAACUCAUGUAUGCAAGGGGCGAGGAGGAGAAGAUUGAAGCAAAGGAGAAACAGCUGCGCGAGAUCCAGUGGGAAAGACAGCGAAAGGAAGAGGAGGCGAUUAGAAUGUCAUCCGAGAUGAGGAGGCGGAGGAUACUUGCUGAAGAGAACCGUAUCAAGCAGGCUCGAAAGUCUGAGUUUGAAUCUCAACGCAAGACAGAGGAACAGCGGCUAUUGGAGAAGCAAGAACAACUCUUGAAUGAAACAAGACGUCGUUGGCAGACGCGAUACUCCACGGUUCAGAGAUCUCGGAGUCUGAAAUCCGCAGAGAAAGUGGAGAAAGAGCAGCUUAAGAAACGGAUACAGGAGAGCAAUGUAAGAGAGCUGGAAGCAGAUGAGGAAGAGUUAAAGUCCUUGGUGAAACAGAAACAGGAACAGCAAGUGUCUACAGCCGCCCAGAGAAAAGAAGCCAGGUUGCUUGAAGAAUCUAUGAGAUUAAUGAUGACCAACCGAAAUGAGCGGAGGCAGUUUGAGGACAGAUGGAACACAACGCUCAAAGAUACACAAGAGAGUAUAGACUUACUGAUGGCCUCCAUGAAUGAAAAGGACAUGAAGCAUAAGUCCAAGUUUGAGCAGGUUCAACAGAGGAAAGAGAAUGAAAUCACUCUGAAUAGGUUGGACAGAGAGAAGCGAGCGUUGCAAGCGAAGAUUUCCCAACAGCAGCACGAAGCUGAUAUGGAUGAUUGGAGGGACAGUAUACUCACUUCAAGACAAUUGGCUGACAAGCAGGCCACAGAGACUAUGGCCCAAACUAUUGAAAGAAAGGCGCGCAAGGCUCAUGAGGAGAGAAUACGCAAGGAGAAGGAACAGCAGAGAAACAUUAAAAAGAUACAGAAAGAUAUAACAGACUGGAAAAAGGAGCAAGAGGCUACUAUUCAGUUAAAGGACCGGAAAUCUAACCUCAUCCAGCGAGAAAAGGAGCUCACUAUACAACAGUCGCGCCAUGUGGCUGCGUCUUCCCAGAAACUGCGGGACACCUUGAGAAAUAAAUAUGGCGGAGAAACGUUCGACAGGAUGGCGUUGAAAGCAGAGAUGUAUAACAAGUUUGAGAUGGGCAACACAUUUUUGUCUGCGGAGAAGAAUAACUCCCAUGUGAAAUUUCAAUAGUGCUCAACAGUGGAUUGCAAAGGGAAAAGGGUUAUUGAUGUUAAAAAUCUGAAAAUGGUUGAAAAUAACUAUUACAGACAAUAGUCUUGACAGUGUAUCAAGACUACAUGUACCAGAAUUUAUUCCAAUAUUGGAUUUAACUUUAAGAUUGUCAGCAUUUAGCUUUGAUGAAAUAUCCAGGAGGUUUCACUAUUGGAUAUUAAUUAAAACUAUAUGGUUGUCAGCAUUUAGCUUUGAUAAAAAUAUCCACAAAAUUUCAUUCCAUAAAUCUGGUGUUGAUAUAAAACAGUGAAUGAGUUUAAUGCUGUUUGUGUUAAUGUAAAGAUUCUGAUAUUUGUUAUGAAAAGACUAUACACAUUUAUUUGGCAAACAAUGUAAAAAUGAAAUGUUUGUGCUCCAAUUUUCUAUCAAGGAUAUGUUCAGUACCCUCGACUCAAAUUUCGAUUUUGUUUGAGUUUUAUUUUCAAUGCUUGUGGAUUCAUUUACUGAGAUACAUUUACAUAGAGAUUGAGUAUCAAACUUCAUGGGUACCUUUGUCACAUGAAAUUCAGUGGCUUGGAGUUGAUGGCAGACAAGAUGUAAGUUGUUUGUUCAUAUACUUUGAAGGAUAUGAUAGGGAUAUGCAAACCCCUCCUAAAUGGCCCAUUUAAAAAGGAGUUUUAUGAGCAUUGCCAUAUAUGGAAAACACUGACCUCACUGGGUAGCUGUGGAGGGUGUGGGUGGGGAGGGGCAUGAACUAUGUAGAUUAAGGCUAAAGUAAGGCUUAAGUGAUGCCUUCAAAUGUGCAUCUGUUAUUACCAUAUGCCUUAACUGUUGAGUGCCAACAAUUGUGAUAUAUUUUUUUACAAACAUGUGAACUUGUGUUCUGUCAUUUAAUGUUUAUUUUCUAAAGCAUGUACACACAUGUAUUUAAUAUUAUGUUUUCAAGAGUACCAUGUUUUUUUAAUGGUUUUAUUCCAGUUAUUAAGCAUUCCACGGUCUAUUUGUUAGCUGUUGAAUACAUUUUGAUUUUUGAUUUUUGGUUGCUUUUUUCUUCUUUACAGCUUGUUCACUGUUGUCAUUUUUAGUUCCUGUGAUAUAAUUUUAAAUGUAGUCUGUUAAAUAGACAUAUUAUAUGCACAGUUUUAUUGAUUUGCUAGAUACAUAAGUAUAUCUGAACAUGUGUUUUAUUUCUCCUAUACCUACAUGUACAUUUUAUUUGCAUUUUCUUUUGAUAACUGCAAAAAGAAAUGUUUGACAUGUUAUAUAUUAUCCAUUACUAUAUUAUUCCAAAAAUAUCAUUUAUACUUAUAAUACUGGGUAAGAAGUGAAUGAUAAACCAAUGUUUCAUUGGUUAUUGUAACUAAUGGUAACUAUUAGGGCAUGUCACUGAUCAUAUGAUUAUUUUGAAUGUACACACUGCCAUUUGAAUGAUGCAUUUAUUUCUUAAAUAUAUAUCCAGUGUACUGAUAUGUGACGUUGUCGGUGAAAAUGAGUCUUGUUGAGGUAUUCACGUUAACAACAAAAACAAAUUUAAACCAUGAUAAUGGAUUGCAAAACUUACUUAUAACAAUAUCCUAAAUUUAAUUAAAUAAGGCUAGCUUUUUGAAAUCUCAGGCUAACUGCAUGGGUUCAUGAAUUAUAUGGGUAGAAUAAAAAGAGGUUCUUAAAUGCACGUUACAUUCAAACCGGUUUCAUUUAAGUGCAUAUGACCUUCAAAACAGGUUCCAUUAAAAGUGCAUAUGACCUUCAAAACGGUUCCAUUUUAGUGCAUAUGACCUUCAAAACAGGUUCCAUUUUAGUGCAUAUGACCUUCAAAACAGGUUUCAUUUAAGUGCACAUGACCUUCAAAACAGGUUCCAUUUAAGUGCAUAUGAACUUCAAAACAGGUUCCAUUUUAGUGCACAUGACCUUCAAAACGGGUUUCACAAUUCCGUAUUCUGACACGGGACUCUUUGACAUCAUAUAUGCCCGCUUACAUCACAUUAACUGUAAGAGAAUACUCUUCUUGUUGCACUAUAUAUGAUGUCAUCUUGUGGAAAUAAGUUGCAAUUUUAAACAUUCCUACAAUAACCAUAAACUUGUAUAAGUGUUAGUGAUUAUAAGCAUGAAGUUCUGUUUUAAUUUUAUUAUUCACACAUGUACGUUUAUUUGGUGUACAUGUAGUAACGUCCACGUUAUAAUAAUACUUGAGCACCAUUUUAGGUGCCUCAUGUGAAAAGCGUAGGACGGUCUCGUUUGUUUACCGCGAAAGAGACGCCUAUUCUACUCAAGGGAAAACAGUCUUGUUAUGUGAUAAGAGUUUAUAUUUAACUACCUGAAAUAAAAAUCAGUAUAUA